AUGACAACCGAAAAGGUAAACCAUAUUGAAAUUGAUCCUUCUACAAACUCCAUCCUUAACACACAAUUGGAUAAAAAGGGACCAUGUUCCACAGAUCCAACCGCCGAUUCACCGUCUGACUCCUCAAAGCCUUUUUCGCCCUUUGAUAAGUUAAAGAUCUCUUCCACCAAACCGCUUGAGGCAAUCGUCGGUUGUGAUAGUAGUGAAAUUCCUAGAGCGAAGCUGCCGAUUAAAGUUGAUUCUCCUCAAUUAAAAAGGAUUAAACACGAUAAGGAGAAAGAUGGCAAGUCAACGGUGGCUCAUGCAAAGAUAAUAGCGCCCGAUGAUGUCGAGAUCUAUUCGUAUUUUCGAAUGCCAAAAUUUGAAAGUUAUGACCGCAUCUUAUUACUUUUUCCCGGACCGGAUUCUAAAACAUUGCAAGAAAUUCCUCGGUCUUCGUUUGAUAAACUUUUGAUAGUUGACGGUACCUGGCGACAAGCCUCAAGCAUGGCGAAAUAUAAUCCCGAAUUAAUAAAGUUUCGAAAAGUUACCAUCAAACCACAGAAAACCUUAUUCUGGAGGUAUCAACGAGAGGAUGAAUCACAUCUAGCUACUGUAGAAGCAUUAUAUUACUUUUUGAAAGAAUACUACGAGACUUAUGAAAUACCAAAAGAGAUUGCAUCCAAAGAAGGAGCGUUAUCCUAUGGUUAUGACGGGAGGAAGAGGAAAGGAAAGAAACCAUUGACUUCUAGACAACGGGAUAAAUUUGAUGUCAUAUAA